AAGUUCACGUUGGGUAAGAGGCUUGACAAGUGAAGGUAAGUGUCAGUCUUGCUUCAGCACAGACGAGAAAGCAGGUCAGAUAGAGUUCCUCUCGGCCCUCUGAAGCACUUUGGAUUAAUUCACGACAAAACGGACAGUUAACAGUGCCGCUGGUCGAGACCCAGAAUGACUGCACUACGUCGUCUGAGGCAAUGCCCCUCCACAGGCAUCCUUAUCUCUCAGCUUCACACCAGCAGCUGUGCCUCUGCCAAACAGCAUUACAAAAUGCUUGUUCUUGGAGGAGGAAGUGGGGGCAUUACAAUGAGUGCACGGAUGAAGAGGAUGUUGGGAGCUGAGAAUGUGGCCGUUGUGGAGCCCAGUGAGAUGCACUACUACCAGCCAAUAUGGACCCUGGUUGGUGCUGGUGCAAAAAGUGUCGCCUCAUCAGGUCGUCCCACUGCAAGUGUUAUGCCGUCUGGAGUGAAGUGGGUGAAAUCCAAAGUUCAGGAAAUAAACCCAGACACAAAUACUGUCCGCACAGAUGAUGGGACUGAAAUCUCCUAUGAAUAUCUGAUUGUGGGUCUUGGUUUACAACUCCAUUAUGAGAAGAUUAAAGGACUGCCAGAGGGGUUUGAACAUCCAAAGAUUGGGUCAAACUACUCAGUCCAAACUGUGGAGAAAACAUGGAAAGCCUUGCAGAAUUUCAAAGAGGGCAAUGCCGUGUUCACUUUCCCAAAUACUCCUGUGAAAUGCGCUGGAGCUCCACAGAAGAUCAUGUACCUAUCAGAUGCCUUUCUCAGAAAGACAGGAAAAAGGGAUAAGGCCAAAGUAAUAUACAACACUUCCCUACCUGUGCUGUUUGGGAUAAAAAAAUAUGCUGACUCAUUGUGGGACAUUGUGAAACGUCGUGACCUACAAGUGAACCUCAGGCAGAACCUGAUUGAAGUGCGGGCAGACAAGCAAGAGGCUGUGUUUGAAAAUCUUGAUAAACCAGGUGAAACCAAAGUGUUUGAGUAUGAAAUGCUUCACGUUACACCACCAAUGGGACCCCAUUUGGUUAUUAAAGGAAGUCCACUGGCUGAUGAGGCUGGAUGGUUGGAUCUCAACAAAGAUACCCUUCAACAUAACAAGUAUCCUAAUGUGUUUGGGAUUGGUGACUGCACUAACCUGCCCACAGCAAAAACUGGUGCAGCUGUCGCUGCACAGUCUGCUAUCUUGAACAGAACGAUCAGCAAAGUGCUGAAAAAUGAGAAGCCUGAUAAGAAGUACGACGGGUACACGUCGUGUCCAUUGGUCACAAGCUACAACACAGUAAUUCUGGCAGAGUUUGACUACAAUGGACAACCACUAGAAACAUUCCCCAUCAACCAAGCCAAAGAAAGAAGAUUAAUGUACCACAUGAAGGCUGAUGUGAUGCCUCACCUCUACUGGCAUGGGCUUCUUCGGGGCCUGUGGGGUGGUCCAGGACCUUACAGGAAAGUCUUUCAUCUGGGAAUGAAAUGAAAUGUCACCAUAAGUUUGCAUAUUUCAAGUUAUUCAACCUUUAGGAAAAACUAGUUCAUCAAAUUCAUCAUGUCAUAAUCCCUACAGGAUGUACACGUGUGGAUAGAGUGGUAUUAUUUGUAUCUUGGACAUCAUGAUUAUUCACAGCAAAUUUAAUCAAUAUGGAAAAUGUUAAAAUAUCAAGACUCUAGACAAACCUUUAGAUUUUAUCCUGGAAAUAAAUGAGUGCAGUGAGGGAACUGCUAGUAGCUGCUUAUAGGUCAAUCUUGUGGUUCUUAUGAUCGCAUAUUGAAUGGCAGGUCUUGCUGCUUUUAUCAACCACACAUUCCAGCAAGCAAUGAAAUAUUUAUAGGAGCUGAGAACAAAAUGCUGUUGAUAAUUUUAAUAAUAUGUUGAUUUGCACUUCUGGAUGAUCCAGCACUCUUUGAGACCAUGUACCAUCAAAAACCAACAAGCAAACUCAAGGCAGACUAUUGUUGCAAUGCGUUGAGAGUAGUCACUACAUAUAUUCUACAAAUAUACUAAGUUCAAGAUUACUACACAUACAAUUGUGUAUAGUAAUGGAAGUCUGUCAUUCUGUAUCAAAUGUUCCAUAAUGUUGUGAUUUUAACAGGCUUAAGUUCCAUGUAGCUUAAAAACUUAAGCGUCCAUUCGGUGAAAACAUCUUUGUACACACUACGAUCAUUCAUGCUACCUUGGGGAUCGUUGACCAUUAACAUGUAAACUACCACAAGUGCUUUUGCUCACAUUUAAACGUCACUGUCAUGAGAUACUGUUUUGUACAUAGUGAUUAUUUGUCUUAAAUUAUUUUUGUAUUAUCAGUACUAUACUGAAUUAGAACUAUCUUAUGAACACAAUCAGUGCUAACAUCAUUGUUGUAUUUUUUAAAAGCAAGCUUCAUUACUCUUUAAUCAUUUAAAUGACUGUAAGCUCAUAAACCUGCUUUGAUUGUACUGCUGAGGUAAAAAGUGAAAUUGUUAAUGAAAAAUCAAAUAUAUAUGCAGCAUAGUUUCUGUCUUGGGGGACUUUAUUGUCAUUAAAUAAUGAGGCUACAUUAUUAAAUGCUAUAUACAG